AUGUUCCUUUUCACACUCGGACUGUAUUUACCUCUCCUCCUUCACUAUGCUUCGUCACACUCCUUCAUGGACAACAUUUUCUCCUUUCCAGCAGAUCUGGAAGGACUGGAACCCAGGAAGAAAUUUAACCCAUGCUGUUUACUGACUCCGCCUCCACCCCCGUUGUUCCCCCCACCCCCAUCACUGUGGCACAAGCCUCGGAGCGACUAUGGCCACAUAUGGAGAGAUGGGAAGAUAGAAGGAGAGGAUGAAAAGUCAACAGACUCCGUCUGCCGGGUGGGAGCACCCGGACCAGCCGGACCGGCAGGACCUCAGGGUCUUCCUGGAUUACCAGGACCAAAGGGACCAAAAGGAGAAAAGGGAGAAAUUGGGAGACCCGGACACAAGGGGCGCACUGGCUCCCCAGGCCUGCCAGGGCGGCCAGGACCAAAUGGAUGGCCAGGACCGAGUGGGCCCAAGGGGGAGAAAGGUGACUCUGGACUGAUGGGCUUGCCUGGAGCACGAGGACCAAUAGGACCCAAGGGAUUACCUGGAUACAAAGGAGAAAAGGGCUCACGGGGUGAUCGAGGUGAAGCUGGCCAAAAGGGUCAGAAGGGCACAAUGGGUCUGCCAGGAAUGCUUGGCCAGAAGGGCGAAAUGGGCCCAAAAGGAGAGUCUGGCGUUUCAGGAAGCAGAGGACCCACUGGGCAACCAGGAAAAAGAGGCAAACAAGGUCCAAAGGGAGACACUGGCCUCACAGGACCAAUGGGACCAGCAGGCCCUCAGGGACCCCCUGGUCAUCCAGGUCCUCCUGGUCUGCCUGCUUCAGGGCUGUAUGUGGUGGGGCCAAAAGGGGAGAAAGGGCAGCCAGGCAGCCCAGGCCAUUGUGGCUGUAACUCUCUUGUGAAAAUGAACAACCCUUAUAGCUCAUUUGACCAGCAGUCCAGCUAUCCCAGAGUGCCAGCGAUUUUUGUGGUGAAUAAUGAACAAGAACUAGACCGUCUCCACACUGAUAAUGCACUGGCUUUCCGUAAAGAUCAGAGGACUCUAUAUUUCAAGGACACUGAAGGAUGGUUGCCAAUUCAGAUAACACCCUUUCAGUCCACUGAGCAUGCACCAGAUCAGGAUGGUUUCUGCGGGGAUGGUAUUGUGCAGGUGGAGAACAGAGAGGAGUGUGAUGAUGGAAACAAAGUGGUCACAGAUGGCUGCAUCAAGUGCAGACAUGCAUACUGCGGUGAUGGCUAUCGGUAUGAUGGAGCUGAGGAGUGUGAUAGAAAAGACUUUGGAUAUCAAACCUGCAACUCUUAUCUGCCUGGAUCUUAUGGAAAUCUUAAAUGCACUGCCGACUGUUUCAUUGACUCCACAAGCUGCAAGUAUUUUACAUGAGGAGACAAGAAAACACAUGGAGCCCCAUGCUGUCUUGUGAAAGUAGCAGGGAACAAGACUGAAGGCACUGCAAACAAACAGACUAUUAAAAUACAGUUGAUUUGUGGGCAAGGGGGAUACAGACAUGUAUAUGAUACUAGUUUGGUGCAGUGUUGCCAAGAAAAAGCCUCAUAGUUCACUGGAAAAAGAGCACUCUGCUCAAGUCAUAGCAACCGCACAAGACCCAUUGCUCUCUGUCUUAAGGACUUAACCAGGACGCUGUUCUCUGUUCUGUUCAGCCUUCUCUCUGCGGUGCUGGACACCCGCUUGACAUUCUGCUUAGAUGGUUUGCCAUGAAUCCGCUGUCUUGAAAAGGCAAGCUUGGACUAGACUCAAUACCUCAAUGUACAACUUUUCCAAAAGGAGGCCAUUUUCUUGUGGCCCACCCCUCCAUCUCUUUUCCAGGGUGCUGUGUUGUAUUUGGACUGCAAUGUGAACCAAUUAGAAUUUUGCAUGAGGACUGGGUUGGUUGAAGUAUGGUGUAAAUGGGUGACUAUGGCAUUCAUCUAAGGCCAAAAAAACCCACUCGACUCAUUAAAGCUAUGUACAGUACAU